AGACAGGGCUGCCCGGAUCAGAAACAUCCUGCAGCAUCUCCGCCUCCGGAGGAAAAAUACAUUUGUCUGGGCGAACUCCGGUGGAAAAGCGCCCCAGGCUGCCACAGCCUAGAGAUCUUGGGGCUGCAGCCCUCGCGGCCUGCCGAGGGAGCAGGGGGCGCCCGUGGAACUGGCUCCCUGCAGCUCUGCGGCUACACGCGGACCUCGGCUGUGUGCGAGGUGGCGGAGGAGGCUGGCCGGGUGCGAAUCCGUACCCAGCCCCAGCAUCUUCCACCUGCUGAGGACCACCGCUCAGCCAUGGGCUACCAGAGGCAGGAGCCUGUCAUCCCGCCGCAGAGAGAUCUAGAUGACAGAGAAACCCUUGUUUCUGAACAUGAGUAUAAAGAGAAAACCUGUCAGUCUGCUGCUCUUUUUAAUGUUGUCAACUCGAUUAUAGGAUCUGGUAUAAUAGGAUUGCCUUAUUCAAUGAAGCAAGCUGGGUUUCCUUUGGGAAUAUUGCUUUUAUUCUGGGUUUCAUAUGUUACAGACUUUUCCCUUGUUUUAUUGAUAAAAGGAGGGGCCCUCUCUGGAACAGAUACCUACCAGUCUUUGGUCAAUAAAACUUUCGGCUUUCCAGGGUAUCUGCUCCUCUCUGUUCUUCAGUUUUUGUAUCCUUUUAUAGCAAUGAUAAGUUACAAUAUAAUAGCUGGAGAUACUUUGAGCAAAGUUUUUCAAAGAAUCCCAGGAGUUGAUCCUGAAAACGUGUUUAUUGGUCGCCACUUCAUUAUUGGACUUUCCACAGUUACCUUUACUCUGCCUUUAUCCUUGUACAGAAAUAUAGCAAAACUUGGAAAGGUCUCCCUCAUCUCUACAGGUUUAACAACUCUGAUUCUUGGAAUUGUAAUGGCGAGGGCAAUUUCACUGGGUCCACACAUACCAAAAACAGAAGACGCUUGGGUAUUUGCAAAGCCCAAUGCCAUUCAAGCGGUCGGGGUUAUGUCUUUUGCAUUUAUUUGCCACCAUAACUCCUUCUUAGUUUACAGUUCUCUAGAAGAACCCACAGUAGCUAAGUGGUCCCGCCUUAUCCAUAUGUCCAUCGUGAUUUCUGUAUUUAUCUGUAUAUUCUUUGCUACAUGUGGAUACUUGACAUUUACUGGCUUCACCCAAGGUAAAAUGAGAGAUUCAGUUGUAGUGUUCAUGUGCAUUGGUACAGGUAUGCCGAAUGUUCUACUCAUUAUUGUUACAGGGGACUUAUUUGAAAAUUACUGCAGGAAUGAUGACCUGGUAACAUUUGGAAGAUUUUGUUAUGGUGUUACUGUCAUUUUGACAUACCCUAUGGAAUGCUUUGUGACAAGAGAGGUAAUUGCCAAUGUGUUUUUUGGUGGGAAUCUUUCAUCGGUUUUCCACAUUGUUGUAACAGUGAUGGUCAUCACUGUAGCCACGCUUGUGUCAUUGCUGAUUGAUUGCCUCGGGAUAGUUCUAGAACUCAAUGGUGUGCUCUGUGCAACUCCCCUCAUUUUUAUCAUUCCAUCAGCCUGUUAUCUGAAACUGUCUGAAGAACCAAGGACACACUCCGAUAAGAUUAUGUCUUGUGUCAUGCUUCCCAUUGGUGCUGUGGUGAUGGUUUUUGGAUUCGUCAUGGCUAUUACAAAUCCUCAAGACUGCACCCAUGGGCAGGAAAUGUUCUACUGCUUUCCUGACAAUUUCUCUCUCACAAAUACCUCAGAGUCUCAUGUUCAGCAGACAACACAACUUUCUACUUUAAAUAUUAGUAUCUUUCAAUGAGUUGACUGCUUUAAAAAUAUGUAUGUUUUCAUAGACUUUAAAACACAUAACAUUUACACUUGCUUUAGUCUGUAUUUAUGUUAUAUAAAAUUAUUAUUUUGGCUUUUAUCAAGACUUGGCUUUUAUGAGUAGUGCAAUAUAAAAGAUAAAGAAAAGAAAAAUUGAAUGUAUUUCACCUUUGACUGGAACAAAGUAAGUGUUUUGUUCUAAUGACUGCACUACACUAAUGCUAAUUGAAGAAGGGAGAGUAAAGCCUUUAGCAUUUUCUGACAUCCCCCUUUUAUUUAAUAUGCAAACCAGUAUAUUGUGCUCCAAAAUGAGUAGGUGAUUGUGGGUUGGAAUUUUGUGUAGAUGUCUUUUGGUGGGGGGGUGGGGGGGGGUGGGCAUUUUCUUUGUCCUUAAAAGUCUGUGGAACUGAAGAGAAGGGAAACCCAAAACGAUUGAAAAGAAGACAUAUCCCAAGAACAAAGAGGAGCUCUCCAUUAUAAUUUCAGCAGCAUCCUUUGUUUAAAGGGAAAUGGAUCCCUGGAGAAAUGAGCAAAGACCUCUCCAUGUGAGGAAGCCUGAAUCAUAGACUGGCUGUGAGGAGCAAGGUGUGUAAAGAAUCAAAAUCACCUCCCAUCUUCUGAUGCUGUGGGAAUACAAUGGUAGCGCCAUUCUAAAACAGAAAAAACAAACAAACAAAACAAAACAAAAAAAAACAGUUGUUCUGUGGCAAGAACCUAAGAGAUUGGUGAUAUGGACCUGUUGAAUUUUUAGUGCUGUCAGGAAUGUACAACUGGAAGCUGAACUUUGAAACUAGAAACGUGUAAAAAGAAUCAGGGCUACAGAAGAAGCUUUCUCAGUCCACUGGGGGUUCCUCAGAGAGAUUUCUGGGAGCUCUUGUUGACUGGGUCUUUGGGAGCAGAUAGUGAGAUGGAGUUUCUCAUAACUAAUGGGAGAGAGGGGAAAGCAGGAUUGUUAGGGAGAGGUAGAACUGCAGUGCAGGCUGACCUCAGCCAAAUCCACAGGGAAGCUGGUGCGUACAUGACCCAUCAGAGUUGUCCCUGUUCAACGGUAAUAGCCGGGUUUUGAUACUGCUGCCUCCAUCAGUCAUUUAAUGUGAGCAUCUGGAGAAGGAUGAGUUCUUGGGCUAGGCAAAUCUUUGCAGCAGAGCAAACCCUAAAGGAACUGAGAGCUGGAGGUGGUCUACUGAUAGCUUUGUCACCACAUGCUUCCUUACAGGGGUAUCUGGGAGACACAGCUGUGCCCACCACAGAUGCCCUCGGUUUACUGAGGAUUUUUAAAUGAUUUUUUAAUGAGGACUUUGUGUCUUUGUAUGUAUGACAAUCUUUAAAAAGUAACAUGAAAAUCUGGGGCCAUCUGGAUGGCUUCCUUAUAUCAAGUAUCACCUAAGAUUUUCAUUUCAUUUGUAUUCCAAUCAGGUUGUCCAUCUGUGGCACUAUAUUAAUUGUUGCCAAAUAACGAGAAACUAUCACAAGCAGAGUUAAUACAUAUAUGAUGAGUUUGUACAAAUCAAAUGCAAAAAAAAAUCCUACAGGAAGUGUAUAAAGGGUAGGUUCACAGUAGUUUGAAUAAAGUGGCAAGAGCUGAGUCACUGUGUGACUCAUAGUGAGAAAGGCCUAUUGAACAUAAAGGAAGAUGCAUUUUAGCAGGUAGAACCAUGCUCAGGGUUUUAGUGGUGAUUUGUUUUUUCAAUAAAAUAUUAUCCUUACCACUAAAUUAAUUUAAAUUCUGUUGGGUAACUUUUCUGUAUUUAACUUAUAAAUUUGUUUUUUUAUAGUUAAGGGUCAUAGGCUAAGCAGUUUGUGCCUGUUUUUAGAUUGGUACAUGUUUAGGUAAAAUAUAAUAAAAAUGCUUUCAUUCCAUGUAAGAAAUGAGGAAAUGUAAGAAAUUUUUGCCACAGUCUGUCAUUACAUUGCUCAAGACUGAGAAACACUGACCUACAUAAUUAUUAAGUAAAGUCAUGAGGGAUGAGAUCUCUAAGCAUGUACAAAGAAAAGUAUGUCAAGGAUAACAUAAUUUAGCACGUAACCAUCUCUUAUCUUGUACUUUGGUGUUGCUUCAUACUCUUCAAGCAGAUGAAAGCUCCUGGUAGGAACUGAGCGCAGCAUUAGUGCCUAAUAAACAUGUAUUGGUUUAUUUAUUUUUAAUCAGCUGUAGAACAAGACUGCUUAUGACCCAGUUAUUAUCUGCAUGGAUUACCGACAUCUUUCAAAUUAUAAUUUAAUAAAUCUUAGGAACUCACAUUUAUUUUGCAAGAAUACUUGUAUGCUUAUUUUGCCACCAUGUAUAACUGCAAGAACCCCACCCCUCAAUCUAUUUUCUGCCUCAGUUCAAUAAGACAUUCCCCUGAAAAUCUUUCCAUCCCUGCCACUUGUUGCCCCUAACAAAGCAACUUGAAGGUUUUAAACCAGUUUUUGAAGCUGCCAAUACACUUAAAUGUAUAAAGCACUUCUUAACUUUAAAAAGAUGGUGGUAGGCAAAAAUCACAUCUUUACACACAAAUGAGAACAUCUAGCAAUACACUUCCUUUAAGGAUAUAAGUUGGAUAGCAUCUGUGUAAUUUAGAAAUUGAGUCAUUGUUCACUUAUUAUAGAAUCUUUAUUAUCAACACUAACUUGAACCAUCUUCAAACAUCAGAAUGGGUAAACUGUCUAUGACCAUACCAUCCUGAACGCACCAGAUCUCAUCUGAUCUUGGAAGCUAAGUAUGGUCUGGCCUUGUUAGUACUUGGAUGGGAGAAGAGGUAAACUGCCUUGCCUGGACUAUUUCCAAUGAUGCCAAACAAUAAUUGUUGCCCCUUGUCUUUCUUAAAAGGAGACUGCAUCCAUUUAACCAAACUAAGAAAUUUUCAAUUAGUCCUCUGCUGAAGUCAUACUAUACACAUCUACUUAAUUAAAGAUACAUUUAUUGAAGAGAACAGGUCUCCUCCUGGUUUAUCUGCUAUAGCCUUGCUUAGGAAAGGAAUAAUAGUCUGUCUUUUAAUUAGGUGUGGCUAUUGAUUGGAGCAAAUGUUGUCAGGUGGUCCAAGAGUGGCCCAAGCAUGAAUCAAUGAGUGACCAUGAGGUCACCCAUCAGUGAGGGUACCCAUGAAUGCUUUACUAACUGUGGCAAGGAUAAUAAUUUGCUACCUCAAUAGAAUAAGCGCUUUUAAGAAUGUAUGCUUAUUCUAAAAAAUGUGUAAAGAAUUUGCCAAGAUAGCAGAGCAAAUAUGUAGAGCAAAUAUGUAGAGACCAGAGAUGCUGUGACCUAGAGAACACAUAGACCAGGAGAGAAAGAAAAGAGCCCAGUCUUUGUCUAGAGUAGUGGCUUUUAAACUUGGACAUGUGUCGGAAUCACCUGGAGGCCUUGUUGAAACACAGAUUGCUGGGCUUCACCCCCACAGUUUCUGAUUCAGUACUUGGAGUGGGGCCUCAGAAUUUCUAUUUCUGAAAAGUUCCCAGGUGAUGCUGCUGCUGCUGCUGGUUCAGGGACCACGUUUGAAAAAGGUUGGAAGUUGGACAUAAGAAAGUGCCAGAUGGAGCCAUCUGUUUAGAGGCUGGGACACAAUACAAGCAAGAUGUAGGAAUACCAUGCUAGAUCUCAGGGAAGAAAAUGAGGCUGGAGAUGUAGGAGGGAGAGCAAUUGGUACAUAUUAAAUGUGUUAUCCUUUGCCUUUUUGAAAAAUCAUCUAGAGACACAGUGAGAAGAGGAGAAACCAAGACAAUAAUAUUAGUGAAGAGCAACGACAAAGGACAUGGGAGGAGAAUUAACAAGGGAGAAAAUAGAGAUUACAACCCCAAAUCAACACAGUUAUGCUAGUUAAGCUGCAGGCCUGGUUCUGAGCCUGCCAGCACUCAGGGAAGGUUACCUGAGUUUCAUGGCUGCCAUUGUGAGAAUGAAGAAAAUAUCAGUUUCUCAAAAGAACACCAAGUUUUCCAAGGACUAAACUCUCAGCAGAAUGGCUUACUUGGAAAAUUACAUAGGGAACAUGAGUAAAACUGGGUUAUGAACGAUAAUGUCAUUCAGAUAAAGAAUUUACAUGGUUGUCUUUUAUAAGACACUUUUUCAUUCCAUUAAUGUUUGCUCAUUGAUAAUAAAGAUUAUCAAUACAUUUAGCUUUGGCAUUUUUAUGAUAGUAUUCAUGUAUAGUAAUAUGUAAAUGCUCCAUUAAAACAAAAACAGACAAAAAA